GGCUCGCUGCAAAAGUGGCGGAGCCGGAGAAAAGCACGGUAAGAGGGCCUUCUGUCCAAGUUCGACACUGUUUCUCUCAGAUCAAUUAUUAAUUAUUUCUGAGAUAAAUGAAGAACCGCAGAAUGUUUCUCAGGAGGCUGGGCGACAUGUAAGUUGUUUUGGUGAUUUGAAUGUACGCUUCCUGAAUCAUUUUAAUUGUGUGCUUCAUAUUUUAAUUGGUGAUUUGGCAACAACUUGUUCAAAAAACCCUCUUAUGCUAGUUUGUUAAUUGUUUUAAGUCCAUACUCGAGAUCUAUCUUGUUGAGAGUCAUUACAACUAACUAUCAAAAGUAGAUAGAGGAACUCAACUGGAGUAUCUGAUGAAGGUUGGAAUUCUGCUACCACUGGGAUAUCAGAGCUUGAACAAAUGUGGAAACGGAAAACCUUUACUAGAUCGGAAAUCCAACACCCACCAACACUGGAGAACCUCUUGGGCGAUCUUUUAUUAAACAUAUUCAUUCGAUUAUUGGCAAAAGAGGUUGGUCAAAUGAGGUGCGUCUCCAAAUCAUGGAAUGCCCUCUUAUCUCGAUCCUCCUUUAUAAAAUCCCACCUCCAUCAUUCCAUCAAUAACAACGAUCGAACUCUCUUGGUCUUCUACAACAACAUAUCUUCUUCUUGUAACCGUAAACCAUUCACAACACACCCGUUUCGAUCUCCUAAGCUCAAACUCACCAAUCUCAUCAAACUCCCCCUGGUUAAUCCCAGAUCCGUGUAUUCUGCUAGCAUCAUCAAAGUUAUUGGUUCUGUUCACGGCUUAAUAUGCUCUUCUUAUGGCAAUGUCAUUCACAUAUGGAACCCUUCUCUCUCCAUGGUUUCAACUCUCUCACCACAUUCUAAGCCCCCUCGCUAUAAUUCUGAAAUCCAUUUCCGGUUUGGGUUUGAUCUCAAAACUGAGGAUUACAAAGUUGUCAAGCUUAUAGGCCUCACCAGUACUUUACCAUAUCUCGUUAAAAAGUGGCUUCAAGUUGAAGUUUAUAGCAUGAGAAAAGGUUCAUGGGAGUUCAUUACUCAAAGGUUUCCAUCUGAUGUCACAAGAAUUUUUGACAUUGAUUUCGUUUGUGCCGAUGGGCAUGAUGGCCAUCUUCACUGGCUAGGGAAUUUUGCUGAGGGGGAGAAGAGAAAAGUGAUAGUGGCAUUUGAUUUGGGUUCAGAGACAUUCACUCAGAUACCUCUUCCAGAUUCGAUACCAAGUAACAAACACCCGAAUGCUUUAGGAGUUUUGGAUGGAAAGAUUUGUGUGAUGUCAGAGGUGGUCACGGAUGGUGUAUGUGAGGUGUGGGUGAUGGAGGAGUAUGGGGUGGCUGAAUCAUGGGUCAAACGCCAUGUCUUCUCAAUGUUUCUUGGUGAUGUGGUUUUUGGAUCCACAUCGCACAACGAGUUUCUUAUUUUAGAUGGUGAUUUACGUAUUCUUUUGUACAAUCCAACUUCACGCAAGGCUAAAAUCUUGGAAAAUUUUUGUCGUGGAAAACCAAUCAAAGGUAAAAUUGUGGAGUAUGUCGACAGUCUUGUUUGGGUAAGCACACCUGCCCAGUGUGAGAUGGUGGAUGGUGUAGGACAAAAAAUUGGAAUGGAACGAUGUGAAGUAUGAUACAAAGUUUUUUUAAUUAGGUUUAUGUAUAGUAUUCAUGUUUAGUGUACAUCUACAUUCUCUCUCGUCAUUGUGGUUUAAUUUGAUUUUAUAAUGUAGACAGGUUUCACUACUAGAAAACACAGUAUUUUUAGC